AUGGCCAUAUGGGAAAUAAAAUCGUUCUAUGUUUUACUAAAGUGCCAAACCCUAGCCUCCCUCCUCCAUUCGUCACCUGAUCACCUCGCCGACACCAACGCCAAGUCGCCAACGCAGCCACCUUUAGAAGAUCGGCAGUCUCUCAAGAAACUCUCGUCGCCUCGUUGUCAUCUCGUCGACUUUGUCGUCUCAACGUCUCCUCAAACCCGUGCUGGAUCAUCAUCCCCAUCGCUUGCAGAGAAAUUUUCCCGAGAGAUCAACAGUCUGGCAGCGACAGUCCUAUUCCUAAUCUCUAUUUCGCAACUCGCAAGCUUCUGUUUGAGAAGGAACAAUCAAAUGUCAACUCCGCACUUGUCAACUCAAGAUUCAGCCGCAAAUCCUAGUUUGGGAGAAAUUCAACCUUCACAAAAUAAUACCAAUGAUGCAAUUCAAAGUAUAGAUGUGCAACAACCCGAGACCAUUGAAGUAGAGGAUGAAAGUCCAUAUACUUCAAAGAAAAGGAAACGGACAUCCAAAGCAUGGGCUGAUUUUAAAGAGGUUACUCUUCCGGAUGGGACAACAAAGGUAGAAUGUAUUCAUUGUAAACAUCGGCUCACAAUGAACAAGACUGGUGUUACAUCUCAUUUUUUGAGGCACCUCAAGGGUUGUAUGAAGAAGAAGAUUACUGAGCAAGGACAAAAUAAUAUUACUCUCUCUACAACUAUUGUUGAAUCAGAAACUGUCAAUGCUGUCCAUAAUUUCAAGUAUGAUCAUGGGAAGAUAAGGGAGAUUCUUUCUCACAUGAUUAUUGUUCAUGAGCUACCAUUCCUUUUCUCAGAAUAUGAAAUAUUCAAUUUAUUGAUGAGAACUGCUACUCCAUAUUAUCAGAAGAUUAGUCGUGCUACUGUGAAAAAAGAUUGCAUAACUUCUUAUGAAAUUGAGAAGAAAAAAGUUAUGACAUCAUUAAAAGAUGUGAGUAGGGUUAGUGUGACUACUGAUUUAUGGAAGUCGGAUCAAAAGGUUUCAUAUAUGGUUGUCACUUGUCACUAUGUGGAUUCUAGUUGGAAUUUGCAGAAGCGAAAUCUAAAUUUUUUAGAUGUUCCUCCACCUCAUAACGGUGUUUCCAUUUGUGAUGUGUUGAAUAAGUGUUUGGUUGAAUGGGGAAUUGAAAAUAAGGUAUGGUCAGUUACAGUGGAUAAUGCUAGUUAUAAUGAUGUAGCUGUGAGGAUGUUGAAGGAUAACCUCUCUUAUAAAAACAAUCUUCCUCUUAGUGGCAAAUUAUUUCAUGUAAGAUGUUGUGCACACAUAUUGAAUCUUUUGGUGCAAGAUGGGUUAUCUGAAAUUGAAGAUAUUGUUUUCAAUGUGCGUGAAAGUGUGAAACACAUAGCUGCUUCAGAGACCCGUGUUAAUAUAUUUAGUGAAAUUUCAAAGCAAUUGAAACUAUCUUCAAAGAAGCUUGUUUUGGAUUGUUGCACGAGGUGGAAUGCAACAUUUUAUAUGUUAUCGGCUGCUUUAGAGUUCAAAGAUGUUUUUCCUAGAUAUGCAGCAAGGGAUGUAGCUUAUACUUUUUUGCCAAGUGAGGACGAUUGGAAAAAGGUUAGUGUUGUUUGUUCAUUUCUCGAGGAAUUUAAUGAAGUAACUCAUCUUAUUUCGGGAAGUGAAUAUCCUACUUCUAACUUGUUCCUUACUGAACUUUAUACCAUAAAGAAAUUGUUAAAUCAGGCAAGUUCAGAUGAAGGAAGUUUUAUGGCAGCAAUGGCUAACAAGAUGAAGGCUAAAUUUGAUAAAUAUUGGGGUGAUAGCAACUUAUUAAUUUCUAUAGCAGCAGUGUUAGAUCCAAGGAACAAGAUGAAAUUGAUUGAAUGGUGUUUUUCAGAGAUCUAUUCUCCUGGUGAUGCAAUUGAGCACAUUUCUACUGUUCAUGAGACAUUGCGCAUGUUGUACAAUGAGUAUGUUGAAGCUCAUAAAACUACUGUUGGCAGCAGCAAUGUUCAAGAUGAAACUCAAAGAGAAAGUUCUAUUGGUCGGACUAAUUUAAAUGGAAGAGGAAAAGGUAAAGUAAGGGCACAAUUUUAUAGUUACAUUAAGAAUGUUGACAGUAUUGAGCAAGUAAAAUCUGAAUUAGAUGUGUACUUGGAUGAAGGAUGUGUUAUUUGUGAAGAUGACAUUAACUUUGAUGCAUUGUCAUGGUGGAGAAUUAACAACUUAAAGUUUAGGAUCUUAUCAAAAAUGGCUUGUGAUGUACUAUCAAUUCCGAUAACUACAGUUGCUUCUGAAUCAGCUUUUAGUGCCGGUGGUAGGGUAAUUGAUCCUCAUCGUGCCUCUUUGGGAACAGAUACAGUCCAAAUAUUACUUUGUGCAUCAGAUUGGUUGCGUGCUCAUUAUGGAAUCAAGAAAAAAUCAAAGGAAAAGUCAGAGAUGAAAGAGAUCCAAUUUACUUAGUUGCUGCCUUUAUCGUCAACUUUCAAAAGGUUCUUAGUAGUAGAUAAUGACUUUUUCUAUUUACUGAUGCUAUGGAGGAGGAGGUUCUCCAGCGUGUCCAAGCCUGGAACUUUUGCUGCAGUUAAUAUGAAGAAAAACGUGGGUGUUUAGACUGCAAUUUUGUAAUCCUCUUUAAAUUGAUUCAAACUUUUGUUGUAGUAGAGAAAAACGGUGUUAAAACUGUAAUUUUGUAAUUGGCUACAGUUAAUAUGUAAACUUUUUCUGUUAAUUGGCUGCAAGACUUUAAUUUUGUAA